CCGCCUCGGCUUCGCCCCCCGCGGGGCGGCCGGGAGAAGGGGGCGGCGGGGUCCGGCACCGGCUGGAGGCCUCUCUGCGGCCACCGAAGGCGGGGAUCGGGACCGGGACUAGGGCUGGGGAGAACGGGCCGGGGGGGGCCGGCCGGCCAAACCGCGCUCGGGGCCGUCCGUUCUUCCUUUCCAAUUCCCGGCCACCGCCCUGGAGGGAUCCGCCGCCGCUCCUCCGGCUCCGGCGGCGGAUCCCCGGCCCGGAUUGCAUCAGCUUCCAGCCGGCCCGGCUCCACCUUUCCCGCCGCCCCCCUCCAGCCCCUCAUUCCUCUCGGGGCGCUCUCGGCCCCGUCCCGGCCCCCCUCGUCCCUCCGAGGGCUCUCCUAACGAGACCGGGGUUUCCCGAGCAGGGGCGGAGUAAGGAAAGGAUGGCUGCAGACGGGCUCUCCAGCAAGGCUUUGAAGGUGAAGCGGGAGCUGGGGGAGAACACUCCACUGCUAUCGGAUGAGGAGCUGAUGGGGCUGUCAGUGCGGGAACUCAACCACCACCUGCGGGGCCUCUCCAAGGAGGAGGUGGCGAGGCUGAAGCAGCGUCGUCGGACACUGAAGAACCGGGGUUAUGCUGCCAGCUGCCGAGUGAAGCGUGUCUGCCAGAAGGAAGAGCUGCAGAAGCAGAAGAUGGAGCUGGAGUGGGAAGUGGACAAGCUGGCCCGGGAGAACGCUGCCAUGCGCCUGGAGCUUGACACCCUCCGUGGCAAGUACGAGGCCCUGCAGGGCUUUGCCCGCACCGUGGCCACUCACGGGCCCCCCGCCAAAGUGGCUACCGCCAGUGUCAUCACCAUCGUUAAGUCCGGCACCAACCAGGCCGCCUACUCCUAGUGCUGGCCUCUGUCCCCCGGCUGGACACAGUCCUCCCCGGGGUGCCUUCCCCAUGAAUUGCCUCCCAGCCCUUCCCCAACCUCCUCUCUGUCAGGACCUGUGCCCAAAAUCCUCUUUCUCCCAUCCCUUGACCUCCAGCUCCCCCAUGUAGGGAGGGCUGAUGCUAUGUGGGUGCUUGGAUGGAGGACAGGACCUCACUGGUGGCCCCCAUAGCCCCCUCCCCUCUUGGGUGUGCAGACAGGAGAGAGCGAACCCACACAGGCAGCAGUGGGGAAGCAUCCCACAGCUCCAAGCUGGUAGGAAAAUGCCAGGUGCCUCUUUUUUCUGAGAGGGCAUGGGAGAACUAAAUGUGGGCCAGGCAGUCCCAAGAGCAUGUGCCAGAAAGGGAAAAGAAGAGAGAGGUUUUGCAGUGUAGGGGAAGAAGGCAUGAUAGAAGGGUAUCGGCAUUGGGCAGACAACCUGGACCACAGCUGGAGCAGGGGGGGAAGUGGCAGCAUGUCUGAAAUCUCUGGGGAUGCAGAUGGCAAGGGAAGGUUAGCAGGUCAGAGGGGGAGAUAAAGUGGCUGCAUGUUAAUGCCUGGUACGGGUGAAUGGAAUGGGAAAGCACUGUGGCAGCUUGUGGUGCUGGGGGACCCCAGAGGUGACAGUGAUUGGGCAGGGGGGAGCUGGGACAUGUGAGUGGGUCAGCCAAGGCUGUUGUGUCCACAAAGGGGAGAAGCAGUGGUGCAGUUUUAUCUUUCUCUAUCAUGCACAUCCUUCAUGCCUCUUCCUGCUGACAGGACACUCAGCCUGGCUGGGUGUCUGAAAUGCAGCAGCACCGGCAGGAAGGAAGCAGAGGCAGCUGGAGCAGAGAUAAACACUGUUUUGCUCAGCACAGGCCAGCUUGUAUGGCCCCACCAAGUCCUCCCCGGUGCUGCACCACCUACAAAGCCCAUGGAAAGGUAGUCCCGGCCCUCAGAGUCAGAGAUGUGGAGGUGCAGGAGGUGGGAAGUAGGGGCAGAGAGCAUCCCUGCUCCUUGGAGCUGCCUGGCAGGCAGGUAGGCUCCUCCCUUUGGUUUUCCUCCAGCUUGGACACCGGUGUGGGACAACUUGCUCUUGAGCAGGCUGAAAGGCUGGAGAAGAGCUGGGUUCGCUAAAUACAGGCAGCACAGGGGAGGGAGCAGGAGGCAGGUCCAUCGUGGGCUCUGCUGCUGUAGAUGAUUCCCCCACCCUCCAUUCUGCCCUUGCCUGGGUAUUGCCACGCCAGCCGCCCUCGGCUGCAGCCUCCAUUCUUCCCUGUAGAGGUGCCUGCCACUCCUGGAUGGGGCACUGUUGUUGGCAUCCCCCACCCCAACUCCUCUUGGGUUUAUUUAUUGCACGAACAUAAGUUAUUUUCACGUCCUCUUUGCCAUUCCGCCUCUC